AUGUCCGAAGGGUUUUGCGAUCGGAUUUGGCGAACUCUGAACGCAAGUGUCCCUGUCCUGCACCUCGUCGCAGCUUGCGGAAGUGUCUGGGCAGGCUUGGCUGAACGGCAUGCCCCCCCCCUCGGCUGUGGCGACCAGUUCGCAGAGCUCGAUCACCUGCAGCGCACACCCGCGUGCGACGAAGACGGCUCGACUAAGCGCGGAAGCUGUCUCCAAGCCGACGCCCUUUCCGCGGAGUCUCGAGGAGGCGAGAGGAGGGGCGAAGAGGAGGCAGAAGAGAGGAGCGAUUUUGGCAAGCGUGCUCUCCGCGACGACAGCGCGACCGCGAUCGCGUUCGCCGCACUCCCGAGUCCGCGACGGAGCGGAUCCGCUGAAAGCCAGUGCAGCACGCGAAGCACCGCGAGCGGCGCGGAGGGCUUCUGCGCAAAGGAAAACCAGGAUCUCUCUGCGACGACGCCGUCUGCGUCCUCCCUGUCUUCCUCUGCGUCGCUCGUGGCCGCGCCGCGACGUCGGGCGGCAGCGGGCUCUGGCCGGGAGUCCGGCGCCAGCGAGUCUCAGAAGGGGAAACAUCCUCGCCGCGGAACGGCCGCCGCGAAUUGCUCGGGGCUGACGGAGGAAAGGCGCUCCACGUCCAAGAGCGCAUCCAGGGCAUCGACGAGCUCGUCCUCGAGCGUCUCAGGAGGGGGUGGAAGCAGUCGGAAGGGCGAGAAGCAUUCGGCGGCGUCCCAGCGAAAGCAGAGCUCCGCGGGUGAGCCGCGAAGCCGCAGCAGCGUCGCAUCGGGCGCGCGUCAUCAGAGCAACGCGGGGUCGUCUGCAGGGGGUGUGAAGCGCGCCUCGGGGGUGGCAUCGGGUGCGGCGACUUCUUCGCCGCCUGGAGCAGCAGGAGGGAGUGGAGGCUUGAGCGUGUCCGGGACCUUUGCGGGGCGAGGUGCGAUGGCGGCGCGCACGGUGAUGAACACGCCGACGCGGAUUGAGGCCGGCCGUCAGCGCUUUUUGAUUUUUGACGCACCCAGUCAGGAGAACUUGGCUGCGUAUAUCAAAGAAAUGCAGGCCUACGAGGUGACUGAUCUCGUGCGCACCUGCGAGCGCACCUACGACGAGAAGGCAGUCAUGGCCGUUGGGAUCCGCGCCCACGAAAUGAUCUUCCCAGACGGAGAAGCGCCGCCGGACGAAGUCAUCGACGAGUGGCUCGCCCUCUGCAACUUUGUCGCGCAGCAGCGAGGCGCCAUCGCGGUUCACUGCGUCGCCGGUCUCGGCCGCGCCCCUGUCCUAGUCGCCAUCGCUCUCAUCGAAAAAGGCAUGGAUCCCAUGGACGCCAUCAUGUUCAUUCGCGAGAGAAGAAAAGGCGCCAUCAACCGCCGUCAGUUGCAGUUCCUGAAGAGCUACAAGCGCCGCAGCCACUACCAGAAGUGUUGUGUGAAAGGGUGCACCAUUAUGUGA